AUGGUGUCUGAUGAUUUGAAGAAUGCGCCAAUAUACAACGAUCAUGAGGCUUCGGAUUGUCCUUCUGUUCGCGACCGAGAUAAUCUCCAGCUUCAAAGGCUAGGUAAAAACCCAGUGUUAAAGAGAACUUUCGGUAUUCUCUCCAUUUUGGGUUUCAGCUGUACAAUUAUAGGAACAUGGGAAGGAAUCCUCGACACGUUUAUCAUUGCUUUGACUAAUGGCGGUUCCGCGGGCGCUAUAUAUGCUUUUAUCUUCGCCUGGGUAGGAACUAUCUCUUGUUUCCUGCUGCUGUCGGAACUGUCCUCAAUGGCUCCCACGUCUGGAGGCCAAUAUCAUUGGUGUGCGAUGCUUUCACCACGCAGUACGAUGAAGUUCACCAGCUAUAUUACCGGUUGGCUGGCUGUCAUUGGAUGGCAAGCGGCGUUUGCAUCGACGGCUUACCUUUCCGGGACACAGAUUCAAGGCGCUGCAAUACUUGCACACAAAUACUACAAACCUGAGGCCUGGCAUGGUACACUUAUCAUGUGGGCCAGUCUCCUUCUUGCGCUUGCGGUAAACUUAGUCGGAGGCAGGUUUUUACCACGAGUCGAAAAUCUCAUCUUGGUCGUUCAUAUUCUGGGAUUCUUCGGUAUUCUCAUCCCGUUGACAACUUUGUCGGAUCACAAGACAAAGGAAGAAGUUUUCACAGAAUUCCUCAAUGGAGGUAACUUUGCUAGCCAAGGUCUGUCCUGGUUCGUGGGCAUGACUGGCUGUGUUUUUGCUUUCUCUGGCGGAGAUGCUGCGGUACAUAUGGCUGAAGAGGUUUCCAAUGCUUCACGAGUAAUUCCGCGCGCUAUCAUGCUCAGUGUAGCAAUCAAUGGGUCUCUCGGAUUUGGCAUGUUGAUAGCAAUGCUUUUCUGCCUCGGUAAUAUCGACGAUGCAUUGAACACUCCGACCGGCUACCCUUACAUCGAAAUUUUCUAUCAAGCAACGAACUCUAUACCCGGGGCUUUGGCUAUGGUCUCGAUCAAUCUUAUCAUGGCCGUUUGUAUAGUUGUUGGUAUGCUCACUGCAACAUCACGCCAAUUUUGGUCGUUUGCGCGUGAUCGAGGUGUCCCAGGGUGGCGAUUGUGGAGUCGGGUCUCUUCCAAACACCUUCCCGCAUACUCCGUCUAUCUUACCAUGACCGUCGCCUGGCUUCUCGGCCUGAUCAACAUCGGCUCAGCCGUUGCGUUGAAUGAUAUAACCUCAAUGGCCGUGUCUGGUCUCUAUGCAUCAUAUCUUAUCGUUGCAGUCCUACUUCUCUAUCGCCGUUGUCGAGGUAAUAUUACCGAGUAUGGUGAGAGUGAGGUAACUUUGAUCAAUGUUCCAGGCGCACCACUAGUUUGGGGACCGUUCCGCAUGCCGGGUCUCCUAGGUAUUUUGGUGAACAUCUAUGCCUGCAUUUACAUGGUCAUAAUCAUCUUCUUUAGUUUCUGGCCUCCGUUGAUGAAUCCAAGCCUCGAGAACGUGAAUUUCAGCGUGGUAGGAACCGUUGGCGUUGUCAUCUUCGCCAUUGCGUAUUAUGUUUUACGGGCUCGGAAUGUAUACCAGGGCCCUAUCAUGGAAGUGGCGUUGUGA